AGAUAUGCAUAUGCCUGUAUAUUUGAACUUUUGGAUACUAAUAAUUUCAGACGAUUUGAUUUUUAUGCCCACGAAAAAGUAUAUACAACAAAUUCAAUCUUUCUAUUAUAUACAGUUUCUUUAAUGAUCCUCAGGAAUUCGGGAUCUUCUUCUUAUGCAAUGAUUAUUGAAAGAUCAUACACCAACAUAUUCAAACCCUAGCCGACUCGAAUAGCAAUUGCCAAUCCAGGGUCUAAGACAGGUAGAGACGAUGCACCGCGAAGAGAGACGUCGAAAGUUUCACAACGCCAUUCUUGGCAUGCUUUAUCCACCACCUCCGUCUUUCCCAAACCAAGAAGAUGAGAACGAUCCAGUGGGCAUAUUGCGGGAAGGUUCGGAUCUGGACGGGAUUAAUCCUGAUGAUGUUGGCGAGGGUAGCCCUUCACCAAGCGAGGAAGAGGAGGGCGACGCUGACACAGCUGGGCCCAAGAAGCUCACUAGAGCACAGAGGAAGAGACUUCGCAAGCAAAAGCUCAAAGAAGAAGCUUCGCGCCGCAGGAAGAUUAUCGGGCCAUUGUUACUUUCGACGAGUCAGGACGACGCUUUUCAACACGGGCCUCCAGGUGUUCGACGUAAUGCCGCUGAGGAACCACGCACAAGUGCAAUUGACAACUCAGAAAAUACCCAGAACAAACUUAAGCAUAGGAGGAUGGCUAAAAGGCUGGCAAAGGAAGAGGCGAGGAGCUCUAGUGUGGAUAAUUUGGCAGAAAGGUAAUGGCGACAAUGGUGAUUGAAGUUUGAACGGUAAGCUCGUGACAAAAGGGCCCGAUGGAACUGCCAACGCAGGUCUGCAGAAUAGCUGGUGAUGGAUUCGUCGAUAGAAGUUGGAUGGAUAAGUUGGAUGGAUGCAACUGAAGCAUAAAUUUGAGAGAAGAUGGUUGUGGCAGCUGUGGUAUGCCUGUUCUAGUCUUCUAGAGUCGGACCUGGUGCCCCUGGUCAAUUUUUCGCUCAAUUUGGUUAUUGGACUGAGGUAAAAGAGAGAUGAAAUGAAAAUUUGAAUAGAUAGAAUAGCAAAAUCAAGUUAUAAAUUUAAUUUAACUUUUUUUUCAGUCUAUUUUUAUAUAUUAAAUGUACGAUUAUUUUGUAUUUGAAAGCUUGAAUUUGACCGUCUUAAAUUUGAAUUGUGUAAAUUUGAACAAAAACACAAUAUAAAAUUGUAUUAAAUUUCUAUACAAA